AUGUCACAUAGAUAUAAAUCGGAGCCAGAGGAUUACAGAAGUGUGAAGAAGGAAAUAAAAAAGGAAGAUAAAUACGAAAAUAGACAUAAAGAUCGUGCUAAAACAGAAUAUAAAAGAGAAGGGAAGGCGGAAGACUCUAAAAAGUACAAAAAGGAAGUAGUGGAAACACCAUCGCCAGUUCCAGAAAAGGAGAAGCCUAAUUUUGAACCUUCCGGCCUCCUGGCAGCAGAAACGAACAAUAGAAAUGGAAUACUACUAAAGUACUCAGCUCCGGAAGAAAGUGCUAUGCCAAAUCUGAGUUGGCGUUUAUACAUUUUCAAGUCAGAAGAUAAAAGCAACAACCUUCUAAAAGCUGUAAAAAUAGACGAAAGGGAGUUUUAUUUAAUCGGAAAGGACGACAGAAUCGCAGAUAUAAGCUUGUACCACCCGUCAAUAUCGAAACAGCACGCAGUAAUACAAUAUCGCAAGAUGGACGAAGAAAUUAUACCAUAUCUGAUUGAUUUGAACAGUACGAACGGAACUUUUCUAAACGACGUGAAGUUGGAAUCGUCAAAAUACUACGAACUGAGAGAAAAGGACAUAAUAAAAUUCGGGUAUUCGACGAGGGAGUACGUGUUACUAAAUGAUAAGUCAACGUAA